AUGUUAGGUUUAUAUGACGUUAGUCAUUGGUUAAUAGUGAUGGCGAUAAUUUACCUAGUGCUUCCAUUGCUUACGUAUUUACUCCUACCAUACAUAUUUUAUGGAACUAAAUCUACGAAGAAAAGGAUAAUCAUUUAUGUUAUUGGUGAAAUUGGACAUUCUCCAAGAAUGUGUUACCAUGCUUUGAGUUUUAGCGAACAUGGAUAUGACGUCGAGUUAUGUGGAUAUGUUACGGACUCCAUUCCAAAAGAUAUCAUCGAUGAUGAAAAUAUCACUAUUCAUGAGAUUCCAAUUUAUGAGAAUACUAGGAAUACUAAGAGUUUGUUAUUCUUAUUGAAAAAAGUAUUAUUUCAAAUAUUCACAAUCGUUAAACAGUUAUGGUAUUUAAGAGGUAGUAAUUAUCUGUUGGUACAGAAUCCUCCAACCAUUCCAAUUUUGCCACUUGCUGUUAUUUACAGAUUGACAGGUUGUAAAUUAAUCAUAGAUUGGCAUAAUUUAGGAUAUUCUAUUUUGCAGUUAAAAUUUAAUCAAAACUUUUAUCAUCCAUUAGUAUUAUGUGCAUAUAUGAUCGAGUACAUAUUUUCUAGAUUUGCAAAUUAUAAUAUCACAGUAACUGAGGCAAUGAAAACUUAUUUGGUAGAACGUUUUGGAUUAAACCCUGCAAAAUGUUUUGUAUUGUAUGACAGACCACCUCACAAAUUCCAACCCUUUAAUGGAACAAUUGAAGAACGUUUGUCGAUUAUAAAAAAGGAAGAUUUUAUUAAAGAUUUUAUCCCGUCAGAUUUUGAUAUAAUAAAAGGUGAUAAAAUCCUUGUAACCUCGACUUCCUUCACUCCUGAUGAAGAUAUCAAGAUAUUGGUUGGUGCAUUAAAGAUUUAUGAGCACACUUAUCAAAAAUUUGAUAAUAAUUUACCAAAGAUUAUAUGUUUUAUUACGGGUAAAGGGCCUAUGAAAGAAGAGAUUAUGAAGCAAGUAGCAAACCAUGACUGGAAACUUUGUAAAAUUGAAUUUUUAUGGUUAUCAGCAGAGGAUUACCCAAAAUUAUUGCGUUUAUGUGAUUAUGGUGUGUCUUUACAUGCAUCAAGUUCUGGUUUAGACUUACCAAUGAAAAUUUUAGAUAUGAAUGGAUCUGGUUUGCCUGUGAUUGCUUUGAAUUAUCCAGUUUUGAACGAACUAGUAGUUCAUAAGAAAAACGGUUUAAAAUUUACUGAUAGAAGAGAACUUCAUGAAUCUUUAAUUUUUGCAAUGAAAGACCCUGAAUUAUUAGAUAGUUUAAAAAGGAAUGUUAUACUAGAAGCAGGAAAAAGAUGGAAUUCCAGUUGGGAGCCUGCUAUGAAAGAAAUGAAAUUGAUUUAA